AAUUCUUCUCUUCAACGACAUUGCGUGGAGAGAAAUGCAUGCGCAGGCACAGAGAUCCGAGCCACCGCGAGCACUGGAGUGCGCCCUAAGCAGAAGCACUGAUCUGGAUUCAUGGCUAAAAAAUCAAUCCAAAGAGACAAAGAAAAGCUAGGCAGGCAGCGGGUGAUAGGAACCGCGACGCCAUUGGCGCUUCUUCUGUCUUGGUGGUUGCCGUGCCUGCGCGCAUCGAUGGAGGGGUUCUGCUUCGCGCGGUGCCGCUUCACGCGGCUGGUGGUGGCGAUGCAGCUGGUGAUGGGCGUGCUCGUCAUCUGCAUCAGCAUGGCCAGCCUCCACCGCUUCUACACCACCGACGCCCUCCUCCCCGGCGGGCUGGACGACCCCGCCCGCUGCGCCAGGUUCCACGGCGCCGUCGCCGGCGGGUACUCCGGCUUCGACAUCCGCGCGCUGGCGGACCGCGUCGACGAGGUGCUCGUCCAGCUCGCCGAGCUGCAGGACAAGCUGGAGGCCACGGCGCUCAAGAUCGGCAAGAAGACCAAGAAGAGGAAGGGGAAGGGGAAGCUGCAGCAGCAGGAGAACAUGACCAUGACGGAGUUCCAGCGAUUCCUGGAGGACGAGGUGAUCCACCCGCUGUACGGCGCGCACAUCGUGCUCCGGCUGAUCCGCAUCCCCCGCCCCGACCCCGACGGCGGCGCCCCGGCCGUCGACCCGCUGGUCAACUUCUUCGCCGCGGAGGAGACGCGCAAGUACGUGACGGCGAAGCGCAACCGCGAGGGGCGGCCGGGCGCGUACGGCGCGAACCGGACGUACGGCAGCAUCGGGCACGCGUGCGUGGUGAUGCGGCGGGAGCUGGACGAGUACAUGAGCUACGACGUGGGCGCGCUCUGCCCCGACGACUGGGACCUCGGCCAGCGCCUGAUGCUCGGCGGCUGCGACCCCCUCCCCCGGCGUCGCUGCCUCGCCCGCGCCUCCAAGCUGUUCCGCCGGCCGCUCCCCAUCAACGAGUCGCUGUGGGCGCUCCCCGACGACGGCAACGUCCGGUGGAGCCGCUACCACUGCCGCGGCUACCGGUGCCUGUCGGCCCGCAACCCGCGGCGCGGCUACGACCGGUGCGUGGGCUGCUUCGACAUGGACAGGGAGAAGCAGCGGUGGAUGCAGGGCAGCAACGGCACCACCCUGGCCGACUUCCGGAUGGAGGAGGUGCUGGCGGUGAAGCCCGGGGAGAUACGGGUGGGGCUGGACGUGACGGUGGGGACGGGGAGCUUCGCGGCGAGGAUGAGGGAGCGAGGGGUGACGGUGGUGACGACGGCGGUGAACCUGGGGGCGCCGUUCGCGGAGACGGUGGCGCUGCGUGGGCUGGUGGCGCUGUACGCCGGGCUGGGGCAGAGGCUGCCGCUGUUCGACAACAGCAUGGACAUGGUGCACACGGGCGGGGUGCUGGAUGGUUGGGUGGACCUGCAGAUGCUGGACUUCGUGCUCUUCGACUGGGACCGGGUGCUCCGCCCCGGUGGCCUCCUCUGGGUGGACAAGUUCGCCUGCGCGCGCAAGGACCUCGACGACUACAUGUACAUGUUCCUCCAGUUCCGCUACAAGAAGCACCGCUGGGUCGUCUCCUUCAAGUCCAGGGACGAGGUCUACCUCUCCGCCCUGCUCGAGAAGCCGCUACGCUCAUGAUCCACCAGCUCGUAUCUCUCUUAGUUACGCUGCAAUGCUGCGUCUGAUAUGUGUUGCUGUUAAUCUUAGUAGCUCUGAUUCAUCUGACACCUCGAUGAAUAAAUACAAUUAUCUAUCUAUUAUAUUAUUAAAGAAAUAGAAAAAGGA